GGACAACGACGUAAAACCUUUAAAAUUUCAAAAUUUUCUUCAACCACCGAAAGCUCACCCACAACCAUUGAACCAUAUUAUGCCUCGAUAGCCACCAAAAAACACCUUCGAACACACAUACACAGAGAAAGCGCGAAGCAGAAUUCUUCCGAAGAGGAAAAAAUCAAUCAUGGCCAUGGCAAUGGCGCUCCGGCGACUCUCUUCCUCCAUCGACAAGCCACUUCGUCCUCUCCUCAAUACCACCUCUCUCUAUUACAUGUCGUCUUUGCCGAAUGAAGCUGUUUACGAGAAGUCCGGCGUCACGUGGCCGAAGCAGUUGAAUGCUCCGCUUGAGGUUGUGGAUCCGGAGAUUGCCGACAUCAUCGAGCUUGAGAAAGCGCGGCAAUGGAAGGGACUUGAACUCAUUCCCUCGGAGAACUUCACUUCCGUGUCUGUGAUGCAAGCGGUUGGGUCUGUUAUGACCAACAAAUACAGUGAAGGGUAUCCGGGUGCAAGAUACUAUGGAGGGAAUGAGUACAUUGACAUGGCAGAGUCCUUAUGUCAGAAGCGAGCUCUGGAAGCAUUCCGGUUGGAUCCUGCAAAAUGGGGAGUAAAUGUGCAGCCUCUGUCUGGAUCUCCAGCUAACUUUCAAGUUUAUACCGCACUGUUAAAACCUCAUGAAAGAAUCAUGGCACUUGAUCUCCCUCAUGGUGGGCAUCUUUCUCAUGGUUAUCAGACAGACACCAAAAAGAUUUCUGCUGUUUCAAUAUUUUUUGAGACAAUGCCAUACCGAUUGAACGAGAGCACUGGCUAUAUUGAUUAUGACCAGUUGGAGAAAAAUGCCACUCUCUUCAGGCCAAAAUUAAUUGUUGCUGGUGCUAGUGCUUAUGCACGUCUAUAUGAUUAUGCUCGUAUUCGGAAGGUUUGUGACAAGCAAAAGGCUAUAUUGUUGGCAGACAUGGCACAUAUCAGUGGUUUGGUUGCAGCAGGUGUCAUCCCAUCACCCUUUGAAUAUGCUGAUGUUGUCACCACCACUACUCACAAGUCACUUCGUGGGCCUCGUGGAGCCAUGAUUUUCUUCAGGAAGGGGGUAAAAGAGAUUAACAAACAAGGAAAAGAGGUUUUGUAUGAUUAUGAAGACAAAAUCAAUCAGGCAGUUUUCCCUGGACUUCAAGGUGGUCCUCACAACCACACAAUUACUGGUUUGGCCGUUGCACUGAAACAGGCUACUACUCAAGAGUACAAGGCCUAUCAAGAGCAAGUUCUCAGUAAUUGCUCAAAGUUUGCACAGACCCUCAUCGUGAAAGGGUAUGAACUUGUCUCUGGAGGAACAGAGAAUCAUCUCGUUUUGGUUAAUUUAAAGAACAAGGGUAUUGAUGGCUCCAGGGUUGAAAAGGUGUUGGAAUCUGUUCACAUUGCAGCCAACAAAAACACUGUUCCUGGAGAUGUGUCUGCCAUGGUUCCUGGUGGCAUCAGGAUGGGAACACCUGCUCUUACUUCUAGGGGAUUUGUUGAGGAGGACUUUGUAAAGGUAGCAGAAUACUUUGAUGCUGCUGUAAAGUUGGCAGUGAAAAUCAAGGCUGAAACAAAAGGAACAAAAUUGAAAGACUUUGUGACCACUCUGCAGUCUUCUCACUUCCAAUCUGAGGUUGCAAAACUCCGGCAUGAUGUUGAGGGGUAUGCAAAGCAGUUCCCAACAAUUGGAUUUGAGAAAGAAACCAUGAAGUACAAGAACUGAUUACUCCAUCCUCUUCCGUGAGGUAUCUGCGUGCCAGUACUAGUUUUCCUACUUUGACAGCGGUGAAUGAUGAACGGUAUUUAACUUGUUUGGUCACUCAUGAAAGAAUGUGCAUUUAGAGCCUGUUACAAUUACAAACAAUUGGGAUUAUAGUUGAAUGUAUAUAUUAACUCCAUGUAUCUGCCAACGCUUUUCUUUAAGGAAUAAAACCUCUACCAGAUACCGGUUUGAUCUGUCUGUCAGAAUUAACUAUUUUUCCUUCCCUUUCUUGUUAAAGACCAGAAUCUCAACUUGUAAAACUAUUUA